UAUAUUAUAAGAGGUCUUUUGGCUCACAACACCCGACGUUUAGAGGGAGACACAGAGAAUCAGAUUCCAUAUUUUUCAAGGAGCUUCUAGGUUUUACAAUGAGGGGUAAUCUGCUGCUGGUGCUGCUGUUCUGUCUGUCCGGGACGUCAGCUCAAGGAGAGAGCGGAGACGCUGACCAAGGUUUACAGACGAGUGGUCAGACUAAGAGGGAUAUCUGGAAUGAGCUGAGAGCUCUGAGAGACAUGCUGGUGGAGCAAAAGGUGGAGCUGAGGAAUACCAAGGCUGAAGUGCAAACCCAGAGAGACAAAGUGGCGGGUCUAGAGAAAGAGCACAUCGAACACGCAGCAGAACAUGCAGCCCUGGUGUUCAGAGUAACAACCAGCGAGAAGGAGGCGGCGGCUCUCAGGGAGGAGCUGGAUGUUUCUAAGACUGAACUACAACUCACCAGGAACAAACUGGAUGAGAUUGAAAGAACAAUUGCAGACACUCCAAAGCUGGCCUUCUCUGCUGGUUUGAGCACUUCAGGAAAGAUUGGACCUUUCAAUACUGAAACUACACUCGUGUACAAAAGAGUCUUCACUAAUAUCGGAGGAGCUUACAACUCAAAUACAGGUAUCUUCACGGCACCAGUCAAAGGAGUCUACUAUUUCAGAUUCACUGCUUUCAGCAUGCAGAGGGGAGAUUGGAUGGCAGUAAACUUAUACCAUAAUACUCAGAGACUUUUGCAUAAUUCUGAGAUAGCUGACCAUCAUACUUUUAUUGCAAAUGCAUUGAUUCUACAGCUGGAACAGGGAAGUGUGGUCUAUAUGAGGCUCCACAAUGGCUGUGUGCUCUAUGAUGAUUCUAACGCCCUGACCACCUUCAGCGGCUUCCUGCUGUUCCCUCUGCGACCGUCAGAUGUAAUCCCAACUUUCUCUGGGGCUUGAAAAUGUCUCCAUUUGUCCGUUACGUUACCUUUUAUACUUACUUUGUCAAUAUUGUCUUUGGUUACCUCAAUCUGCCAUUUACACACAAAGAAAGAAGUGGACUCAUGUGUGCUGCAAUCACUGAUAAAUAAACUAAAGUGUGUG